GACGACAAGAGCGCAUUGUGUCCACCUUCAGACGCUUCUCCACCUUCAGAUUCAAUUGUAUCGGCUCAUUUUUAUCCCUCCCGUAUUUUAAAACAUGUCUCAAUUGUCGAUUCUUUUGGGUUUGAUUGGCCUGAUGUCGCCGGCUUUGGCCAGCCUCAGUCUUCACGGUCAGCCGCUAUUAUCCGGAGUGACGUCGUACGCCUUGGCCAUCGAGCAAUUGACUAAGAUCAAACCCACCACCUGCUACAUCACGGAAGGCGAAGUGACCCAAUGUCGACGCAAGCGCGGAAUGGUAGAGAGGCCCAUCCAGUACAACGGCAAAGGGAAAAUCGUGCCAUCGGCCGUCGUUGGGAUUGAAACUACUACUAUUCCGCGAGACCUUACGCAGAAAGAAAUUUUAGCCGCUCACAACCUCUUCAGUUCGAUGGACGAUUCCUAUUUCCAAUCGCAGAACAUUUUCAAACAGUUGGCGAAUAGACGCCGAAGCAACGUCAUCACGGUCGGCAAUUGCGGCAUGUCGACCGUUAACCUGGUCGAUUUCCUCUCCUGCCUGGGAAUGACUGUCCAGGAAACGACUACCCUGACGGCCACUUUCACCGAAACCCAUUACUCCUCCAGCGGUUACACUGUCAUGACUGUGAUGGGCUGCACUCCGGCCGGUUUCCCUUAUCUUUACUGCCCCGCCAAUCUGAAUGAAGAGCAACCAUCUAAGCCCAGUAUUGUACUAGAGGAAGAAACACUUACCCACACGACGACUUAUAUUACGACUUUUCCGGAUGGCACGUCGUCUUCUUAUAUUGUAACCGACCAAACAGUUAUCAUCACCGAUAUUCAAGAACCGUCUCAAGUAGUAACUGAGACUGAAAUUCUUCCUUCUGGUACUGAGGAAGAAACAAUUCAGACUUCCAUUCUUCCUUCUGGUACUGAGGAAGAAACAAUUCAGACUUCCAUUCUUCCUUCUGGUACUGAGGAAGAAACAAUUCAGACUUCCAUUCUUCCUUCUGGUACUGAGGAAGAAACAGUUCAGACUUCCAUUCUUCCUUCUGGUACUGAGGAAGAAACAAUUCAGACUUCCAUUCUUCCUUCUGGUACUGAGGAAGAAACAAUUCAGACUUCCAUUCUUCCUUCUGGUACUGAGGAAGAAACAGUUCAGACUUCCAUUCUUCCUUCUGGUACUGAGGAAGAAACAAUUCAGACUUCCAUUCUUCCUUCUGGUACUGAGGAAGAAACAAUUCAGACUUCCAUUCUUCCUUCUGGUACUGAGGAAGAAACAGUUCAGACUUCCAUUCUUCCUUCUGGUACUGAGGAAGAAACAAUUCAGACUUCCAUUCUUCCUUCUGGUACUGAGGAAGAAACAGUUCAGACUUCCAUUCUUCCUUCUGGUACUGAGGAAGAAACAGUUCAGACUUCCAUUCUUCCUUCUGUUGUCAUCGAACAGUCUACCAUCACCAAUACUGUUUUAACAAUUGUACAGACGACUGUUAUGACUGUUGCUCCUACUUCUACUGUACUCGAAUCACCCACGACUGUUACUGUUGACACGGAAGAAUUAGCUCCGGAAAUCCCUGAAAUCGAAUCGUCUACUGACGAAAUUGUCGCACCUUGAAUCCUGUCGCCAUUGUGAGCAAAAGCUUCGAUCCUGAUCGUGGUCCACCGCGGUCGACAGAUCCUUCGGAAGCUGCAACAAACAAAACAUGAUGGAACAAUUUGUUUUAUUUUAAUUCUUCUUCUAAACUUUAUUUAGUAUAGACCUUUAUUUAAUCAGUUUAAUAUUGAUUCACUUCAGCAAUAUUUAAAUUUCCAAAUUCUACUUUUUAAAUCUGAAAGUGUUCCGUGUUGCUAUUUUAAUAAAUCUGGUUUUUCAUUUCAAUAAA